GCCGUUGCCGCCGUGUAGUUUUUCGUGCUCCUCCUUUUCCUCCUCCUCUUUCUCCUCCUCCUCAGGGCCCCAGUCAGGCCGAUCCGCUCCGCUCACGGAAGGAAAACAGAUACAAAUUGCUGUCUUGUCUGGAAUCACAUGUACUCAGGUGACAAUUUACAGAAAGUCAACUCUGCAACUUGAUGGGCGACAACCCUUUUCAGCCAAAAAAUAAUUCAAAAAUGGCAGAACUCUUUAUGGAAUGUGAAGAAGAAGAGUUGGAACCAUGGCAGAAGAAAGUAAAAGAGGUUGAGGAUGAUGAUGAUGAUGAGCCAAUCUUUGUUGGAGAGAUAUCAAGUUCAAAACCAGCAAUUUCAAAUAUUUUGAAUAGAGUAAACCCCAGCUCAUAUUCAAGGGGAAUAAAGAAUGGUGCGCUCAGUCGAGGUAUUACUGCUGCAUUCAAGCCUACAAAUCAACACUACACGAACCCAGCAUCAAAUCCAGUGGCUGCCUCGCCUGUAAAUUUUCAUCCUGAAUCUAGAUCUUCAGAUAGUUCUGUUAUUGUUCAGCCUUUGUCUAAACCUGGUUACAUAACAAACUCAUCACGAGUUGUGUCUAAUAAUUCUUCAGAGUUACUAUUUGAUUUGACCCAGGAUACAGGAUCAUCCCAUUACCAAGGGGGACCGACGCUUUCUAUACCAGGUAUGAAUGAAAGUUCGUUUUUAUCAAAACGUCCUUCUACUUCUGAAGUAAACAGCGUUAAUCCAAAAAAACCUAAGCCCAGUGAUGGUGUUUCUGGAAUAAAUUCUUCAGCUGUAUUUCCUUCAGUUAAGUCUCUUUCAGUGACAUCUCCCCAGGCUACAUCAUCAAAAGGUACAAAUACCUCAUCAAAUCAAUCUAAAAAUGGAACACCUUUUCCAAGAGCUUGUCCAAAGUGCAAUAUUCAUUUUAAUCUUUUGGAUCCUUUGAAAAAUCACAUGAAGUACUGUUGUCCAGACAUGAUAAAUAACUUUUUAGGACUGGCUAAAACAGAAUUUUCAAGUACAGCAAGUAAAAAUAAGACUGUUGAUUCAGAGAAAGGAAAAUUGAUCAUGUUAGUUAAUGACUUUUAUUAUGGAAAACAUGAAGGAGAUGUUCAGGAAGAACAGAAGACUCACACAACCUUUAAAUGCUUCAGUUGCUUGAAAAUUCUUAAAAAUAAUAUUAGGUUUAUGAACCACAUGAAACACCACUUGGAACUUGAGAAGCAGAGCAGUGAGAGCUGGGAAAACCACACCACCUGCCAGCAUUGCUACCGUCAGUUUCCCACACCAUUUCAACUGCAGUGUCACAUUGAAAGCACACAUACACCUCAUGAAUUUUCUACCAUUUGCAAAAUCUGUGAAUUAUCAUUUGAAACAGAGCAUAUUCUUUUACAACAUAUGAAGGACAAUCAUAAGCCCGGUGAAAUGCCAUAUAUUUGUCAGGUUUGCAAUUAUAGAUCAUCAUCAUUUUCUGAUGUGGAAACUCAUUUUAGAACAUCCCAUGAAAACACUAAGAACUUGCUAUGUCCAUUUUGCCUCAAAGUUAUUAAAAUUGCAACACCCUACAUGCAUCAUUAUAUGAAGCAUCAGAAAAAAGGAAUACAUCGUUGUACAAAAUGCAGACUGCAGUUUUUGACAUGCAAAGAGAAAAUGGAUCACAAGACUCAGCAUCAUAGAACAUUUAUAAAACCUAAACAACUAGAAGGAUUGCCUCCUGGAACAAAAGUUACUAUUCGAGCUUCAGUUGGACCUCUUCAGUCAGGAUCUUCAACUACAUCUUCCAUUAGUGCAAGCACUUCUACUCUUCAGCUCUCACCUCCAAGGACUAAAAAUAUAACUGCUAAAAUUCCCACAAAAUCUAACACAACCAAACCUAAUACAACUAAACCCAAUACAAAUAAACCUAAUGCAAGUAAGCCUAAUGGAAGUAAAUCUAAAUAUAAAUCAAAAAUCUCUAAUAUACAAAAGAAACAAAGCACAUUGGCUAGUAGCAAUAAAAAAAGUAAAGUCAAUACAGCAUUGAGGAACUUAAGGUAUCGUCGGGGAGUUCACAAGUGCAUUGAGUGUUGUUCCGAAAUAAAAGAUUUUGCAAACCACUUUCCUACGUAUGUCCAUUGUAGUUUUUGCAGAUACAACACUAGCUGUAGCAAAGCCUAUGUAAAUCAUAUGAUGAGCUUUCAUAGUAAUCGUCCAAGUAAAAGGUUUUGUAUUUUUAAGAAGCACUCAGAAGAUCUCAGGGGCAUUACUCUAGUGUGCCUUAAUUGUGAUUUCAUAGCUGAUGUUUCUGGCUUAGAUAAUAUGGCCACACACUUAAGUCAACACGAAACUCAUACUUGUCAAGUUGUAAUAGAGAAAGUUUCUGUUUGUAUCCCAACUUCUGAACAUCUUUCUGAAUUAAAAAAUGAAGCUCCCACUAAGGAACAAGAACCUGUGUCUGAGUCUUUACAGCAUCUUCACCAGGAAUAGAUUCCAUCUCAAGAAACUACUUUUUUGUUCAUCCAUAAGAACCAACUCCUCAACCAUUAGUUUUAUCAUGAGAUUAUACCAAUUCAGUCACAUCUUCAGGCUCUACUUCUAACUCUAGUUCUCUUGCUGUUUCCACUACAUCUGCAGUUACUUCUUCCACUGAAGUCUUAAACCCCUCAGUCAGCUGUCAGGGUUGGAAUCAACUUCUUCCAAACUCCAGUUCAUGUUGAUGUUUUGAACUCUUCCUAUGAAUCAUGAAUGUUCUUAAUGGCAUCUAGACUGAUGAAUUCUUUCCAAAAAGUUUUCAGUUGACUUUGCAUAGAUCCAUCAGAGGAAUCACUAUCUAUGGCAGCAAUAACCUUAUGAAAUGUAUUUCUUAAAUAAUAAGACUUGAAAUUUGAAAUUACUCUUUGGUCCAUGACUGUAGGAUCAAUGCUGUGUUAGCAAGCAUGAAAAACAUCAUUAAUCUUAUUGUACAUCUCCAUUAGAGCUCUUGGGUGACUGGGUGUCUUGUCAAUGAGCAGUAACAUUUUGAAAGGAAUCUUUUUUUCCUGAACAGUAGGUUGCAACAGUGGGCUCAAAACAUAGAUUCAUAUCUGUAGUAAACAGAUAUACUGUCAUCCAGGCUUGGAUUAUGCCACAGCUGCCAUAAAUCUUUAAUUUGUAAAAUAAAAUGCAUAUCUGUGAAAUGCAUGUAAUAAAAUGAAUAUGUCUGUAUUUUGCAAUUCCUGAGUCUGUUGAAUGCCUGCAACUUCCAGGGGAAGACUUGGUUGGUAAAUUGUAAUUACUAUUGGUUAAUUUAAGCAUUCAACACAGUCGCAGUUACCACCCCCCCCCACCCUCAGCCACAUAGCAAGCAGCUGUGCACAUGUACCUAGAACAGCUUGCGCAAAGCUUAUGAGACCAGAGUGGCCAAAAAAGAUACCGCCCUCCAAAUAUUGAGGAGCUGUGCUGUUAUCACUGAUUGAUACUUCUUAUCACAGCAUUGCACAGAAGUGGGCACAUUGUUGUUAAAACCUCUCCUCAUUGUUGCAAGCCCCUCCCCUUAUAACUGAUGUGACUUCCAGGGGAUUUAAAGGUACAGUGCCCUUUUUCCCCCCUUAGUUUUUUGCUUUUUCCCCAUUCAGGAGCCUGACAUUAAAGAUUAGGACAUUCAAAAACAAUCACAUAUAUGGGUAAAAUUAGAAAGUGAUUGUACAUGCCCGGAGAAAGGCUCAACAUAGACCUAAGAAGACCUUAAGUUUACAUCUCAUGUUGAUCCUGGAACAGAGACAGCCUACAACAAUCAAAAGAAACAAAAACAAUAGCAAAAACAUCAGAGACUGGGAAGGGGGAGAAUCUGAUUUCCAAAGUUACUACAUUAUUAGUUUCAAAUGUUCAUUGUACAAUAAAAAAAAAAUUACAAGGCAUACAUAGAAAUAGGCAAGUAUGGCCCAUUCAGAGGGCCCAUUCAGAGGAAAAAAGUCAAUAGAAACUGGUCCUGAAAAAGACGUAAUGGCAGAUAUCCUAGACAAAGACUUUGAAACAACUAUUUUAAAGAUGCCCAAAGAACAGAAGGAAUGUGGGGAAAGUCAAGGAAACAGUAUGUUAACAAAAUGUUAGAGUGAAAACCUGAAAAGGUAAAAAUACAUUCUGGGGCUGAAAAGUUCAUUAACUGAAUGUGAAAAGUUCACUAGAGGGAUUCAAAAGCAGAUCUGAGCAGACAGAAGAAAGAAUCAGAAAACUUGGAAGACAGGACAUGGAAAGUAUUGAGUUUGAGGAACAGAAAGGAAACAUAUUGAGGAAAAGUGAACAGAGCCUGAGGCAGCUGGUGCCCACCAUUAUGCAGACAAAUAUACAUAUCAUGGGAGUUCCAGAGAACAUUUGACAGAAACAAAGAGAGAAUAUUUGAAGGAAUAAUGAUAAAAAAAACUUCCCAAAUUUGAUGAAACACAUGAAUGUAAACAUCAGGAAGCACAGUGAAUUCCAAGUAAGAUGAACUCAAAGAGACCCACACUGAGGACACAUUAUAAUCAAACUCUCAAAGGACAAAGAAUCUUGAAAGCAAGAGAAAAGCAAAUCAUCACAUCUAGGGGACCCACAAAGAUUAUCAAAAGAUUUCUCAUCAGAAACUUUGGAGGCCAAAAGGCUGUGGACCAAUGUAUUCAUAGUGCUAAAAGAAAAAAACUCAGUCGAUAAUUUUAUAUCCAUUAAAACUAUCCUUCAAAAGUGAGAUAUUCUGACAUAAAACCUAAAAGAGUUUGUGGCAGCUACAUCUGUCCUGCAAGAAAUGCUCAAGGGAGUCGUUGUAAGGUGAGAUUGAAGGACACUACGUGGUAACUCAAGGAUGUGCAGAGAAAUAAAUAUCUAAAUAAAGGUAAGUACAU